AUAUCCAUCAAUCAUAUCACAACUCUCGGCUGCUCUGUUGACGACCGAGCAACUGAACACUGCUGCUGAGCUGAGAAACACAUUUUCUUUCGAAGUUAGCCCGAAGUCUAUGUCGACAACCCCAAAUAAAUUUGAGAGCCUUUCUAGUGGCGAGAUAGAUCAUUCUAUGCUGACUGUUGCAGUGGUCGGAGACGGAGACAAGUCGAAGGUUUCAUUGCAUUCAGUGUGGACUUCAUCUUGGAUAACUUACAGAUUUCCUGUUCAGAUGGGAAUUUUGUAGCUGAAUUGAAGCAAAAUAUUCAGAGUGAAAUCAUCACAAUAUUCAUCAAAUAAACAGCUUAGGAGGUGAAGAUGUUUUACAAGAUCAUUUUGAGUUGUGUCGCCCUCUUUGGUGCUGCUGUACACGCAGAAACUGGACCAAUCCUUACGCAGCAGCCAGAGGAAACCAUCUUUGAUACAGCAACCAAUGUUGAUUCAGUCUCCCUCCAUUGUCGUGCUACCGGUGAUGCACCAAUCACCUACACGUGGGAGAAGGAUGGUGCUCCACUCUCUCAGGCAACUAACGCUCGACUGGUCAUCACACCUGGGCAACUGACCAUCACUAGCCCAGAGAGAACAGUAGACGGCGGGGAGUAUGUGUGCAUGGCCACCAAUCAGGUGGGGUCAGUGAGAAGUCUGCCAGCAGAGCUCGUCUUUGCCUAUGUUGAUUCAUUUGACCCAAGUGCUACAUCAACUCAGUCACUGACUGCAGGUCAGGGGGGCUGUGUAACCUGUAACCCGCCUCCACAUUUUCCAGACGGUAUCUUGGUCAAUUGGUUCCAUGAGAAUAUGUUGGUGGACUCCAGCGAUAGCCGCAUCCGGGUUAUGGAUGACGGUCGACUCUGCUUCUUCUACGCUUUGGCAAGUGAUGCAGGAGCAUACAGGUGUCAGGUCAAGAGCAAUGUUAUCUCUGACGGAGGUGUCGAAAUGAGAGUCAGUCCAUUGGUCACUGUUACAGUCAAUGCCGGUUCUUCAAGUUCAGCUAUCAGGAUUGUUCAAGAGAACAGACCUACCGAUGUGACGACCAUUGCUGGAGAAGACAUCAAAUUUGAAUGUUUCUUCUAUGGCCCGCAACCAACGGGUCAGAUUCCCAGGGUCCAGUGGGUACGUACCUCACCUCCUGGUGCUGGGUUGCCCACCGGUAGAGCCGUGCUGGAGGAAGGGGGUGAGAUCUUAAGCAUUGUGGGCGUGCAGCUGGAGGAUGCAGGUUCCUACCUCUGUUACAUCGAUGACGUCAACAGUGGAGCUUCGGCAGGACUCAAUGUUGCGGAAGCGCCAGCGUGGGUCAGCGAACCAAUGGAUGCCAUGAAAGACAUCAACACCAUGCAGGAAUGGAACGUAGAGGCUGAGGAGGCUGACCAGUACACCUGGUAUCGCAAUGGAGAAAUAUUGACCGCUCGAGACAGACAUCAGUUUCGCAACAACCUCGAAACACUCAUAAUAAGCGACCUUAUGACGACGGAUACAGCCAUGUAUCAGUGCUUUGCAAGCAAUGAUCAUGGCAUGAUUUAUUCCGCUGCACAGCUGUCCGUAAGAGCCUUCCCACCCGAGUUCCUGAGCCCAAUGGAAACAGACAAGCCUGCCCCACUCACAGCUACAGUCACUGUGGUAUGCGAUGUGGAUGCUGCCCCCGCUCCGACGGUCACAUGGCAGCACGAUGGUCAACCCAUCACAGACGGCGCUCGCUACAACUUGACCGCUGACCCUCCUAACCUGGUCAUCAUAGAUGUACAGAUGUCCGAUGGUGGAACUUACCAGUGCACUGCCACCAAUUCAAAUGGAACAGUGACCGGCGAGGGUAGUCUGGAUAUAAAAGAUGCGACAGUGAUCACGGGGCAUCCUGAUAACACCUUGGUAGAGGUUGGGCAGUCUACCACCCUAAAAUGUAAAGCUGCUCAUGAUGAAUACUUGGAGUUAACCUACCUAUGGGAGCACAAUGGAGUAGAAAUCGACCUCAGUGAAAUCGAGAGAUACAGAAUGUCUGAGAGAGACAAUGGCAACUUGGAGAUCGUCUCAGCUCAGUUACGGGACGGUGGUGAAUACACCUGCGUCGCUCUGACUGUGGCUGAUUCAGACCGCUCUAGUGCUACGUUAGACAUUGCAGGACCCCCUGGACCCCCGUCCGGUCUCUCGGUGGAGGUUGAGAACCUGGCUGCCAACCUGCGCUGGGUCCCAGGCACAGACAACAACAGCCCCAUCACAUCCUUUACCAUCGAAGGACAAACGGAUCAUAGCGACGAAUGGGUCGAACUCCGCUCAGGUGAAAGCGCUGGAUCUAACUCUGUUCGUCUGGUAAACUUGGAUCCGUUCAGUCUUUAUUCCUUCAGAGUCAUUGCUGUCAAUAGGAUUGGUCGGGGAACACCCAGCGAACCUGUAGAGGCCGAUGUCAAAACUGGCAAAACAGCUCCUACUGCAUCACCAUCGAAUGUUGGAGGUGGUGGCGGCAAUACUGGAGAUCUUAGAAUCACAUGGGAUAAAUUCCCGUCAUCCAAGUGGAACUCUGAAACGGUGUCCUACAAGGUGGAAUGGCAGAAGGUCGACAGUCAGGUGUCCUCUACGGGUCUUCUUGAGGAACCCAAUGCAAUCAUCUACACAGCUACACUGGGCAUUGAACUCUACACACAGUACAACGUACGGGUGCAGGCAAAGAACGGCGAGGGAGAAGGUCCCUUCAGUGAAUGGGCAGUCAUCUAUUCAUACCAAGAAGCACCCAAGACAGCUCCCACUGGAGUGAAAGCAGAGAGAGCUUCUGGGACCACCAUCAAUGUAAGCUGGGACGCAAUUGAUGAAAGCACUUUUGAGGGAGAACUCAUGGGAUAUAAGUUGAAGUAUUGGAGUGAUGCCAGUAAUGAAGCCAACGCUAACACCGCAGUCAGUCUGGGAAUUGGAACCUCAAAUACAAUCGCAGGCCUGGAACCCAGCACCAGGUACACUGUAAUGGUGGCAGCAUACAGCGGAGGUGGUAACGGACCUGAUAGCAACACGGCUUCAGAUACGACUUUCAAGAGCGCACCCAUGCAGAAACCAACAGGAGUGAGGGCAGUCCAAUCAGAAACAGGCGGUGAUCUUACAGUUAAUUGGAAUGGUAUCACUACAUCAGCAUCUGAAGAGCCGCUCAUGGGAUACAAGGUUCGCUACAGGACGGAGGGUACAUUCGCUCCAGAUGCCGUGACUAUCAUUGUCCAAGGCAAUGAAAAGACGACAGCUAUAAUCAGAGGCUUGACUUACGAGACCACAUAUCUGAUCACUGUAGUAGGAUAUAGUGACGGGGGUAACGGGGCCAGUAGUAACCCUCCUUUAUCGGUUACAAUAGCUAAAGGAAGAACGGGACAAUCGAGUGACGAUCCAAACGGAGCAUCAAGAACCGCUGGAGUGUUAUCGUUCUCUCUUUUCUGUGUAGUAACACUCCUUCAUUCAUUAUCCCACCUCUUAUGAGAUGGUACAGACCAAAUACUGUAGUCUAUUAGUAGUACUUCAGCUCAUACCAUAUUGUAAAUUAGGGGUGUCUUGCCUCGUUAGGGAGUGAGGGUGUCAGGAUAGUGGAACGUAUUGGACAUGAAUGAAUAGUGUGACGGUAAAAUGUGUUAAUGAUCAUCUUAUAAAUUCCACUCUCUUCCUAUCUCUCUCUCUCUCUCUCUCUCUCUCUCUCUCUCUCUCUCUUGAUCUGUCUCCACCUCUCUCAUCUGUUGGUCAUGUGUGACAUGAUGUGCUGAAAAGAGUUUGUAUCAAUUAUUCUGAAGUUCGAGUAUGUUUUAAGAUUGUGUUCAUGAAACCUUAAAAUGCUAUUUCCUCUGUAAGUUUGGUCACAAAUCAUAAUGCUGUAUUUAUUAAAACAAUUCAGUCUGAUGAAAUAAGUUUGUUAUCUCAUUCAUCUACAUUGGUUGAUAUAACCCUUUCAUACUGCUUUUUCCACACAAUAUUUAAUGCAAGUCAUCCAUGUAAGCUGUUGGAAAACAGAAAUUAAACUUCAUGUUAAAUAUCUAGAAAUGCAUUUGAAUGUGCAUAUGAAUGACCUACUUUAAUUCUUUAAUUUCAUCAUGUUACAGUAACCCUGUGCAUGAGUGAGAUACACUAGUAGGAAUAACUUGUAAGGAAUUUUUUUUUUCUAUGCAGGCCGUGCAUAUAGAUAGAAAGUGUUAAAGGGGCGUAUCAAUCAUGCCUCUAUUCUAAAAGAAACAGUUUUAGGUGUAUGGCAUCGAUCAGUAAUUUCCAAAUCUGUUAAUAUAUUGUACAGAACAAUUAUGUAUGUAAUGUCUGUUUGAUGUAUGAUGACUGUACAUGAGUGUGUGUAUUUGAGGGAGUGUAUGUGAAAUAUAUAUAUAUGUUUUGUAAUAUAUUUUCUGCAGGUUUGUGCGGAUCAUAUUUUUUUCUUUACUUGAAGCUUAAGCUUUCGUUAUCCGCUGAAUUAUCUGUACGAUGUCAAAUUCUUAUUUUUUAAAUACCUGAGUUAGGCAAUAUUGAUGUUUAAACCAUUGAUGUUGAUAUGCAAGCAAAAGUUAUUUUGCCAUUUUAUGUUUCUAUGUUUGUGAUAUGUUUCCAGAGUAAAUGGUAUUUUAACUCUUUUGUUGUUCUUUCAAUUAGUUUUUACCAAACUUUGCACAAUUUUCCCACCACUGUACAGACUAACAAUCAUAAUCAGUUUGGUCUCUUGGAAUUACAUUGAGAUAUCUAAUACUCUUACUUUUAAUUUAUAGUGCUUCUAUAUUCCUCUUGCUGCUUGAACAGUCAGUACUGCUUAGAUAUGUUCUUUACAAAGUACUAAGAUUUAGUUCUAUGUUGCAUAACUUUUUUGAAGUAGGGUAAGUUGCGAUUGCUGAAUACAUUUAUAUUAGUAGUGAUAUGUUAAGGUUUCAAGCAGGAACACAAAAACUUUUUUUUUUCUUUCCUGAAUCAAGUUUAUUGUCCUGUUAUUUAAAUUGUUCAGACUAUUGUAUUCAUAUUACUUGUACAUUUUGAAAGCCUACGUGGAGGCAUGCUUUUAUUUUGUAUAUCUGACUUUUAAGCGUCUGUUUGAAACCUGGUGCAAGCCAUGCAUUGAGAAAGAGAGGAAAGCUGGCACUUUUUAAUCAUAGACCGUUUGUAAUAUAUAAUCGUAUCUAUUUCUUGGUGCCUCUGUUAAUAAUGACCCAUAGUGUUUGAAAACAUAUCUCGUGUAUUUAUUAGAUAAUGUGAAAUUAGUAGUAGUAGUAGUAGUAGUAAUUACACAUCAGUGCAGAUAAUCAAUAUGGUUAGGGCAGUGUGGUCGUUAUAACAAACACAUAGUAAUAGUGGAUGUCAUUCAUAGCCAGGUGUUUUCUCUCCAUUCUCUCUCUGUCUCUGUCUUUCUCUCUCUCUCUCUCUAUAUAUACAUAUAUAUAUCUCUCUAUCUCUCCCUUUCUCCCCCUGUAAAUAGAUGUCGUCUCUAAUUGUUCAUGUAUCUUGUCACGUUUGACUUUUCCGUUCUAUCUCUCCCUUUCUUUUCCUCUUUCUCUCAUAUGGUUCCAAUUAUUUUGUCUAUACUGUCUGUUGAGACCCAGAAGGGUUUUAACUCGAUAUAUGUUUAAGCCUUUCCUGCUCUCUGAAGAGCUUCAAAAACAAUUGCCUGUAAGUUGCAACCUCCUGUUAAUUCAUUGGACAUUUUGUUAAAGCAAAUACUUUCACCUGCUUGUAAGUGAUUGUUUGAUCUUGAUUUGCUUAAUAUAUUCAGACACUUUCGUCAUGCAAAAGAUUCAAACCAAUGUUCUAAUCACGCAUGAAGCUAACAUCUAUACAAUUGAAAUUUACUAUCACUCUGCAUAUGUACCUUUUACCUCAUUUAAAAGAUCUGGAGAAAAAAAAAGUAUACUUAAUGCUAUAAGUUUCAAAUCAUCACUUUUAAUAUUCUGAUGUCUUAAAGUGCCACUUGAGUAAGACUAAGCUCAGUUAUCAGGUUACAAUGCUGUGUUCUUCAUAAUACAUUAAAUCCUUUUUCAACUGAGUUAGCGCAUCUAGUUAUAACACUAUCUAUAUAUGUACUGUAUAUAUUCCCUUUGAUUAAGAAGUUAAGAUACUAAUGGAGGUGAAUAAUACUGAAAUAGCUGAGAAGUAUAGGAGAAAGGUAGAAGGAAACGCCCAAAAGAGGGCAUAAUCUUAAUCUUGACAUCAUGGAAGCUACACUUACAGUUUUAGGACCAAUAAUCUACAUCGACAUGAAAUUCACAGGAAUUUUACAAAAUGGUUAUAUUCAUGGUGUAUAGAAGCAUAUGAUCUUAAAUAUUAUUGCCAUAGUAAGCCAUCAAGGUCACAAUGAUUGCCAAGGGUAUUUUUAAUAUUUUAGCUGCAACUAACUUUUGUAAGAUUUCUAACUUUAAUCUAUUUGCAUAGAGUAAAUGUACACUAAUUUGUUUGUUUUAUCACAACAUUUAUGUUGAUUCAUUUACCUCAUAUGUUUGCAACAUGAUAACUGUUGGUUUAAUACUGUUUUGUACUGUAAAAAGUUGCAAGAAGUACAAUUCUGAAUCACCCCAGCAAAUUCUGUGAAAGAUACUGUGACAUAACCCAUUACAAAACAUAUAUUUCAUAAACAUAUUCAACAAUGUGUAUUGCGUAUUUAUGAAUUUUUAAGAAACUGUAUGCUUUAUACAUGAUGCUGUGUGCUGUACAUUUAACAUACCUCAUGUGGUGUGCUGUACAUUAUGCAUAUUCCUCUGUACAUAUCUUCUGUAGCUCUAUUGGAAUAUCACAUUUUCUUUUCAUGAAAUAUAAUACCAUACACUUCUGCAUAUGUACUCAUCUCUUGUUGUACAUUAAAACAUGAAAUUAGUUAAAAACCAUUUGAAGAAUAUAUUUUCGAUGGUCAUCAUCAACACUAUAUUUUCCUAACAAUAGUGUGUACCGAUAACUACAAUAGGCCUUUACUCCAAAGGGUUCAAUUGAACAGUAGUAGAUAACCAAAAAAGGUUAUAAUCUGGAAACCUCUUCCUUGUUGCAUUAUUUAUUCGAUAAAUGUUUCAAGUGGAUAUUCUACUCUUUAUCAAAAUUACAUUGUUCAAAGUUUCAAACCCCAGAUUUUAGACAUUAUGCUUAAAUCUAUUAAAAAUAGAACAGAAAUGAAUCGUAGAGUAAGAGUUUACAUGACAGUAUACAAUGGUUGUAUUCAGACAAGAAUAUAAACAUUUUAAAUCAAAUCAAGAGUUACUGUAAAUCAUUUUUAGCGUUAAGAAAAUUAUUGUAUUGCAUCAUCUUUUCAAUCCAUGGUUAACUCUAUAUGUAAACAAUGUCUGUUUCUGAAUGUCUCAGUAUUUUUAGUGUCGAUGUGGAAUGUAUUUUCUCUCAGGUUUUCUAUCUCUUAGGAGCUUUUUAACCUUGUACUCAUGUGCACCUAUGUUAUUUCUCUCAUUGUCAUUGUCUUUGGGAGGUGUGUAUAAAUAAAUGUGAAAUUCAGUGUUGUUUCAGUACAAAUAAAAGCAUCGGAUGUGUG